UCCCGCUGGAUGUGCCAAGCUGCUCCCCAGUUUUUGGGGGGCUCUGGAGCAGGGCACAGGCUGUGCUACAGCCGGGGGUGCUGCAGUGAGGGCUGGGCAUGGUCCCCACGGCGGGACACGGGACGGAGUCGGCCAUAUGGCUGCAUUUCCAGGCGGGAAUCAGAGCGUGCUGCCUCCGGACAACACCAAAAUCCUGAAUUUCUGGAGCGCUUGGGAAGUGGAGCUGGGAAGCAGCUGUCUCCUGCAGGAAUCCUGGGAAUGGGCUCAGCCAUGGGCACGUGGUUGCUGCUCUUGGUGCUGCUGGUGGCGGCCCCGGCAGAGGCGGCGGCGCCGCGGCACCGCCCAGUGCUGCCGGACACGGCGGGCAGCGGGGACGGGGACGAGGCGUCAGCCACGCUGCCCGCCCAGCCCGUGACCCCCCGCAUCAGCCCCACCGUGGGGGACGCGCCGGGGACCACGGUGACCAACAGCUCGGCUCCGGGCGUGCUGGAUGGGCUGGUGGACUUCUUCAAGGAGUACCUGCUGCUGGUGGUGGUGGUGGGCUCGCUGUCCUUCGUCCUCCUCUUCAUCAUCUGCGCCGCCGUCAUCGUCCGGCAGAAGCACAAGGCCUCUGCCUACUACCCCUCCUCCUUUCCCAAGAAGAAAUACGUGGAUGAGCGGGACAAGGCGGGGGGAGCGCGGGCGUUCAGCGAGGUGCCCGAGAAAAGCCCCGAGGCGGGCGCGGAGGAGCCGCUGGACGGCGGCCGGCAGCUCCAGGCGGAUAUCCUGGCUGCUGCCCAGAACCUCAAACCCCCCCACAAGGCACCGCUGGCCAACGGGGCCCAGGGCGAGCAGAAUUCCCCUCAGGAGGAGGAGGAGAAGGAGGAAGAGGAGGAAGGAAAGAAGAAGGUGGGUGAUGAGCAACCCAAGCCCGCUGCCCAAAAUCCAGGCGCGGGGGAAGCGGCGAGCGCGGGAAGCAAGGAGACCCCUGAUGCACCCCAGGAUGGCUCCCAGGCUCCCUCUGGAAUCUGAGGCAGGGACACAGUCCCGGGCAAGCCUGAGGAGCUGCUGGCUUGGGACGCAGGAUGGACAUGGUGGAUCAGGCUCCGAACGUACGUGGUGGCUCAAGGAAGCCCCGAUGAAGAUCCCAUUCCCUCCCAGCUCCCCCGACCCUGGUGCUGAUGGGAUGCUCAUGGGGGGGAUUUGCCAGCUGGUGGUUUUCCCCAGCACUGGAAUGCUGCCCAAGGGGCUUCUCCCACCCCAGGCACUGGGUGGGUGCACCCCCCCAGCUGCAGCUCUGCCCCACUGUGCCACCAGCUUCCUCCCAAAUGUUAUUUUUUUAAUCAGCAGCAGCAGCCUGGUCUGUGGCGGGCUCCUGGCUGGGAGCUGUGUCCCUCUGGGAGAAGGGAUGGGACCAGGGCUGGAUGUCUGUAGGACACGGGGCAGCUUUGCCCAUGGCCAAGGGAAAGAGGGAUGAGGAUUUAGGGACAAGGACCCUCCUUUUCUUCUUCCACCCCAGAGCCCAGCUGGAUUUUUGCCUCACUUCCUGAACCCCUUCAGCUAGAAAUAAACGUUUCCUCCGCACAGCUCCUGUCCCGUGUGUCUCUGCAGCCGUGGGGUGGCCAGGGGACAGUCCCCGUGUCCCUGUGCUCCUCCAGGGCCGGUGGAGCCCUGGGCAGGGUGUUAUCAGUCCCCACAUCAGCACAUCACGUGCCCUUCCAGGAAACCUUUAUCUUGUACCCCCAGCUGUGGGGCUGUGGAGGGCUCAGCCACGGCCCUGGGGUGCAGCUGCUGCAGUGGGGACAGCAGGGAAGCCUGGAAGGUGAGUGAGGCUGUUCUGCCCCAAAAGCAGCACAUCCCUGUAUCCCUGAACCUCCUGUAUCCCUGUGUUUUAUCCCAUUAUGUCCUUGCCCCAGGACAACCUUCCCUUGGGAAGAGUGUGCCACCACGAAGAGCUGCUUUUGCUCCAAAGCUGAUGAGCAUGUGUGAAGUUCCCGUUUGUUUUUUUUUAACUGGGAAAAAGCAGGAUGGUUCCAUGAGGCAGAGACACGUUCCUCACUGCUGGAGGGUGCCAGGAGCUGAGGAACCACAAGAGGGACCAUGUGAGUGACACACUUGCAGCAACGUGUGACUUCUGUGUUAAAAACUACAAAUAUUGUGCCCGGAUGGAGCAGAAUGAGACAACUUUUUUUUAAAUGUGGUUUUAAAUGUUUAACAACACCCUCAAUAUGAAAAA